GGAUUCCAACUUCUCUCGAACCCAACAUGCCAAGAAUCUCAAUAUAAAUAAACACAAAAAAAAUCACUAAGAAUACAACCAAAACCUCAAAUCUUACAUUGCAAAUGGCUAUUCACCAACAAUAUUAUUUGUGGGCUAUGCUUCUUUCCUUGUAUUUAGCAGCUGCCGAGGCUUGCAACAACAAUGGCUGCUCACAAGUACCAGGUUUCUUCAUAUUUGGAGAUUCCUUAGUUGACAAUGGCAAUAACAAUGACAUGUUGACUCUUGCUAGGGCUGACUACAGCCCUUACGGCGUUGAUUUUCCCAACGGUGCCACGGGGCGUUUCACCAACGGCCGUACCUUUGUCGACGUGUUAGCUCAGUUGUUAGGGUUUCCUAACUACAUUCCUCCCUAUGCUGAGGCUCGUGGUCGAGCCCUGCUGCAGGGAGCCAAUUACGCUUCGGGGGCCUCUGGAAUACGAGAUGAAACAGGAAAUAAUUUGGGCGACCACGCGUCGAUGAACCAACAAGUGAUGAGCUUCGCGAAGACAGUGCAGCAGCUAAGGAGAUAUUUCAACAAUGCCAACAGCCUCUGCGAUUACCUAAGCAAAUGCAUCUUCUACGCCGGCUUAGGCAGCAACGACUAUCUCAACAACUACUUCAUGCGCGAUUACUACUCAACCGCCGACGAAUACACCCCCUCAGCCUUCGCAGCUUCCCUCCUUCACGAUUACACCAACCAACUCACGGAGCUGUACAAUUUGGGGGCGAGGAAGGUGGUGGUGGCCGGAGUAGGGCCGAUAGGCUGCAUACCCUAUCAGCUAGCGCGGUUCGAUGGAAAGGGCAGCAGAUGCAACGACGAGAUCAACUCCGCCAUCUCCCUCUUCAACGCCGGCCUCAGAAGGGCCGUGGACGCCUUCAACAGAGGCCGCCUGCCCGGCGCCAGAUUCGUCUACCUCGACUCCUUCCAGAGCAGCCAAGAUUUGGUCGAAAAUGCAACAUCAUAUGGAUUCGAAGUGAUUGACGAGGGAUGUUGCGGCGUGGGGAGGAACAACGGGCAGAUCACAUGCCUUCCGCUUCAGAUGCCGUGUGACGAGCGCUGGAAAUACGUAUUCUGGGACGCCUUUCAUCCCACAGAAGCCGCCAACGUCAUUCUCGCCAAAAGAGCAUACGCUUCCAAGACCAGAUCUCAUGCAUACCCUAUAAACAUACAGCACUUAGCCCUGCUCUAGCACAGCACCUCCUGCUUGCUUUCUCUUUGAUUACAAAUUUAUCAUAAAAAAACAAGAAAUAAUAAAAAUGAAAAAAUUAUCAUGUGAAAAGAGUGAAAAUAUAUAUAUUUUUCAUCAUGUUCUAUCAAAAGAAAGGCUCUCUUAGUGAACAUGGGAUAAGUGUUUUCCAUCUCUUAUGAUAAAUUUGCAAUCAAAGGAAAUUACCUUUAAAUGCUUUAGUCUCUGUAUUAUGUAAUUCUGUACUGUUAGGGUGAUUGUAUAAGCUGUAACGAGUUCAUUUUCUUGCAUUUGGUGCAAACUGUCUAUAUAUUAAGCUGAAAUUAAUCAAUCAAGCUGUUUAAGAAUUUUGAUACAUAGUAA